AUGACCCGGUUUUCAUACCUCAAACAUCUGAUCAUUGCAUCUGGCCUCCUCUCAUUGACUCAAGCAUGCAACUCAGAUGAUCAAUGCAGUCUAAACGGCAUGUGCAAAGACAACGCUUGCAUCUGUGACCCAGGCUGGACAGGACAAGACUGCGGCAAACUAGACCUCCGCCCCGGUCCCCGUCUAAACGGCUACAACCGCACAGCAGAAGGAACCUCAUCAUGGUGCAAUGGCAUAAUCCGAGAUCCAAAGGAAAAACAUAAAUACCACCUUUUCAUAUCGGAGUUCACGCACGGCUGCGGACUAGACUAUUGGACUCCAUACAGCCAUAUUAUCAGAGCAGAGUCCAACAAUCCCAUGGGCCCUUAUACCUAUAAGCAGGAGAUCGUUCCUACGUUCGCGCAUAAUCCAACCGUUAUAUGGAGCAAGAAGGACAAGAAGUACCUCAUGUACAAUAUUGGGUGUUUACAGAAUGUACCUUCUACAUGCCAAGAUGUGAAUUUCACUUGCGGACCUGGUAACUCUCUUAAUGGAGAGAGUGGAAUUAGCGUUUGGUCUUCGGAGGAUCUGUUAAAUUGGUCAUCGAGUGAUCAGGUAUUCCCAGGUCUUGACAAUAAGGCCUGGGACGCUGAUACAACCAAUCCGGGUCCAUUACAUAUUCGCUCUCAGGCUGGACAGGCACAUCUGGAUGAAACAAUCCUCUCGUAUCGCGGGUGUCCAUAUAAUUGCAAUGGCACUGAACUUAUCAAUAUCGCCACUGCUACCGAUUAUGAUAAUUCCUAUACACCCAUCCACCCUCGCAAACCCAUUUUCUCGGAAGCUAGCGAAGAUCCCUUCUUUUGGGUGGAUAAGCGGGAGAACUUCCAUAUCUUGGUUCAUUCUUUAUUGCCUGAUGCAGGAUUUGGGGAUGGACCUAAUGUUGGACGACAUGCAUAUUCGCGGUCUUGGGAUGGACCGUGGACGUUCAAUAGGGAGACUGUGGCUUUCAAUACGACGGUUGAGUUUAGUGAUGGGUCGAGUAUUGAUUAUUAUCGAAGGGAACGACCUAAUCUGUUUUUCAGCGAGGAUGGUGAAAUGACGCCUUUGUAUCUUUCGACGGGUGUUCAGCAGGUAAAUUCUCCAGCGAGUUACUCUUUGAUUCAGCCUGUUGGGAACUCCGAUUGA